AUGGCCAACAAUAAAUACCUGGACUCACCUGUUUCUAUGCCUUCUUCUUUUGUCAGUAGGGUAUUCUUAAGCCAGCACGCCGUGCGUUUUUUUUUCACAUCAAAAAACCUCAAGAUGGUUCAAUUUUCAACCCUUUUGAUCUCCGCCAUCACCGCUGUAAGCGUCUCAGCACAGGCACCACCCGAAGCCCAAGACACCAUCACAAGGGUCUACAAUUACUGGACUGAUGCACUAGAGCUCCGAAGAGAAGUGGGGCAGGUCAAUGACCUCAGUUGUCUCCUGUACACUCUCUUCGGGACGGGACCAUUAGCAAAAGUCAUUCCUAUUCUGGAUCGAGUUACGGCAAACUUUCUGGAGACUUCGCGGGCCGUCGUCACCCUUGAAGCACUCAAUGCCACCAUUCCGGCCGAGGAAGAGGCCGGAAAGGAGAUUGAUAGCUACGUGGCCAAAGGGACUAUCGAGAUCACCGGGGCGUUCAGCAGAUUAUCUACAGCGAGUACCGUCAACACGUGCACUAUCCCGGGCCUUGGGUCUGCAACCCUCACGGCUUUGAGGAAUCUGAAAGUGGAGUCUCAGCCAUUCUACUACGAAGUUCGAAAUUAUGUCCCUGCCCGGGCAGUCGAGAUCGAACGUAAUCUGGUCCUCUUCAUGAAUUCUAUUGAUGCCGUCAUCGCAGAAUUCGGAAGUGUCAUUGACACCUGA